UUCACUCUUUGUCAGCACAAAAAAAUAUACACAUCAGCAUAAAAAAAUGAAAAAGAAAAAAAAAAAAACUUCUCUCGUCAAUUCACUCUCUGUCAAAUAAACUUUUCCCAAAGCGUCUCUUCCGCAAUUUAACCAUCUAUAUCUUUCCAAUGAAAACUUGUACAUAAACAAUCGAUUGACUCCAAAAUCCAGAAACCCCAAAAAAACACAAAUCAACCAAAUCGCGAGAGGUCAUGGCCUCCGGCUAAUAUUUCGAUUCGACUGGGCUUCCCACAUCAAGCUCAUCGCAAUCUAGGGAUUAUGCAUCGAAGACGAUGGCAUUGAUUGUUUGUGCAGAGGGAGUUCUCUUCGCUAAGGAAUGGCUCAUGCUUGCGUCUCCACAUCGACUUCUUCUCUCAGGUUUACAGCUAGAUUCGUCUCCGCGAGUCCUAAUGGCUCCUCUUUCAAAUUUCCGAAGCUUUCUCUCCCUUUCGAGCCCCUUCGUUCAAGGAUUUAAGAGACUGGCCGGAUUUAGUCCGCCGGAAGACGAAUAACUCAUCUCCGAAAGAGGAUAAAGCGAUAAUCAAGCAGCUUCCUCAUGGAGGAUAUUCUCGUCGAUCGAACAAAAAGAAGCGAUGAAAGGAACGAUGUGAAUGUAAAAAAGAUCAAAGAUUAUAUGGAGAAGGUUGAGCAAGAGCUUUCAAAGAUAUGCAUUGAUAUAAUAUCUAUGUUAGACGAGCAUCUGGUUCCAUCGGCUUCGGAGGGUAAAUCAACUAUCUUCUUUAACAAUAUGAAAUGUGACUAUUAUCGCUAUCUUGCGGAAUUCAAAUCAGAAAAUAAGAGGAAAUAGGCUGCUGAUCAGUCUUUGAAAGCCUAUGAGAUUGCUACUACUGCUGCUGAAGCUAAACUCCCUCCUAUACAUCCUACCAGAUUGGAUCAUGAACUCACCUGAAAGGGCAUGUCACCUUGUUAAGCAGGCGUUCAAUGAAGCUAUCUCAGAGCUUGACACUCUGAAUGAGGAAUCCUACAAAGUUAGCACCUUGAUUAUGCAACUCUUUAGGGACAAUCUGACCUUGUGGACUUCUGACAUCCCGGAAGAAGCAGCAGAUGAUGCCCAUAAGACGAAUGGUUCUGCUAAACCCGGUGCAGGUGAAAAGGAUGCCCAAGUGAUCUUAUAUGUGUGCACCCGCAACAGCGGCACUGGACAACUAGCCUCGAGAACAACUGAUGCGCGGAAUUGCAAGAUGGCUCUGAUUUCGUAACUUAGAAAGCCGAUUUUCAUCUUGCCAACGAAGGUGGCAGUGCUAAUGGCAAUUGUCAAGGGUUGAGGUUGAUUCAGACGAGGAUUUGGCUGAUGAAGAGAUGGAUGAGAACGAUUCUUAUUCUGGUGAAGAGAUGGAUGAGGAUGGUAUCGAGUUUGAGUUGGAUCCGACUUGCUGUUUGAUGUGUGAUAAAAGAAGCACAAGACGAUUGAGAAGUGCAUGGUUCAUAUGCAUAAGUUCCGUGGAUUCUUCAUUCCAGAUGGUAGUAUCCGGCGAGUCAGUGAACACCGUGGAGCUUUUUGGUGGGUCUGAGCUUGUGAUCACCAAGAGGGCAGAGAACAAAGUAAUGUCAAGGACUCUCGGGUCUCGAGAGUUCAUGCGAUAAUACAAACAGAAGCCACCACCAUCUUCUCAGAAGCACAUCGUCAACUCUUUAGCCUCGAGUGUACUAGAGCAUGGUUUGGCAACGGUGCAGUCAAAAGGAGGACAUAGUGAGGCUGAAGAAAGGAACAAGAGAAGAGCGAAAAUGAGUCUUAGGCUCGGGAUCACCUCUCUCUCUCUCUCUCUCUCUCUCUCUCUCUCUCUCUCUCUCUCUCUCUCUCUCUCUCUCUCUCUCUCUCUCUCUCUCUCUCUCUCUCUCUCUCUCUCUCUCUAACGGAUCAUUCGUAAACCAAAGCUUCUCUAAAAAGUGGCUCUCAAUAGAUUGAUCAUUAUUGUCCUUCAAAACUUAACCCACCUUCAACUGCAACUUUCUCAUAGGAUUUUCUCCAUGGAGUUCAUAUGGACGGUUUCAAUAAUAUAAAGACAGUCAAUAUGGACACUAAAAAAGUUUUUACGACAAACUAAAACUCCAAAAAAAUAUUUAAAUAUUUGAAAGUAAAAAAUAAAAUAAAUAUUAAAAUAAAUUAUUAUGAAAUACAAAUAUAGUUAUUUAAAAUAUUAUAUUAAUUAUAAAUUUCAAAAAUAUAUAAUAAAGCAUAUACCCGCGUGUAUACGCAGGUCAUCACCUAGUCUAAUAUAAAAACUCUAAUAUAUUUACUACAAUUUUUAAAUUGGAAAAUAAAUUUCUAGAGAUGAAGGUCUGUACAAGAGUUCCGUGGAUGCUAAUCUUCUCAUUGAUCUGAAUACGAUGGUUAGCGAUCUUAUUGAAGAUAAAGCCAGUCAUCGAAACAGAGGAUUUUUGGUGCUGGAAGCAUAAUAAUGAAGAGAGACGAAAACAGAGGAACAUUGAUCGUUUAGGAUGGAGAGAAAUAACUUAAAAGACAUUUUUCAUUUCAUAUCAACUUAAGUCCGUUGUAACAUUAACAAACACACACACACCAGAUAAAAAGAAAGAACACACCAAAUAAAAGCUUCAAGAAGAUGAAGAAACUCUCUCUCACAGAGUUCAUUUUGUAGGAAUUUUUUUUAAAAAGCAUGAAAUUAAAAACACUGGACUCGGGCUUAGCUACGGGCACUUCUAAUCCUUCUUAACUCCACCAACAUCCUUGUCAGCAACGUCGUUGUCCUCAGUCGUCUCUACACCGUCUUCACUGUCGCUUUCCACGAUUCCACCAUCUGAUGACUCAUCGUCGCCAUCUUUCUCUCCACCGUCGGACUCAUCGUCGUCAUUCUUCUCUCCACCGUCUGACUCAUCGUCGCCAUCCUUCUCUCCACCGUCUGACUCAUCGUCGCCAUCCUUCUCUCCAUCGUCUGACUCAUCGUCGCAAUCAUCUUCUUCAGACGACCAGUCUGACAGCUCGUCGAACUCUCCCCUGAAACCUUGGCGCCAUAGCUGGCGGUCCGUGCGUCUUUCCUCCCGAGUCCUUCCACCGUGAGGAGGAUCCUCCGGCGUAGGUGGACCGGCCAAAAAGAAUGGCCGACGACGAUCACCCAUCCUUGCCCUCGUCUCCAGCGUGAUUUUCUGGAUACCUCUCCUCAUCUUCUCUCAAGUUUCAAGAAUUAUUUUUUUAACAAGUUUUUUUUGCACACAGUAUUUUGAUGAGCAACACUCCUCUUUAUAUAGACAGACGACACCAUUUCCAUAACUGGGAAUUCAAGGGCUCUAUCUUUUGGAACACUCCAAAACUAGUAAUUUGAUCUACAUUUAUAUGUUUUGCUACUCGUUUCUCUCUUUAGUCUUCAAAGACAUGCAUAAUGUGUGUGUGGUGACGUCGAAUCUUC